UCAAAAUCAGCUGUUAUAGCGAAGUCACCUUGUGUGGAUUCGCCUUCUAGAAACAUAUGUAAUAUUUAGUGCUCUUUCAAAUCAUCUAUCUAUAAACCAGAAAAAUUGUAAACUUGUUGUAACUAAUUGUAAAUAUGCCCUGAAUGCGUCGAUAUGUCCGAAGAACCGCCAAAAAUACGUUUUAAAAAUACGCAAUAUAGCUAUAUUGAGCUAGGUGGAAAGAAACACAUAUUCAAAUCACUGAAACAAAUACUUUCUGUGGAGAAGACACAACAGUGGCCAGAGGGAACAAUGUCUUAUUCGUCGUUUAAUGCUCCACCCUCUUUGCGGCCACCUAAAAAGUAUUCGGACAUUUCCGGUUUGAUUGCACCGUACACUGAUCCGCACACCAAACUACGCUACGCCAACUCCGAAGAAUAUACCAUUGUAAAAACACUACCAUCUGAUAUUGUCGCAGGUUACUUAGCAUUGCGCGGUGCGAGCAGUAUUGUGGGCUAAAAUUUAUAGAAUUUAAAUAUAUUUGCAUAAUGAUUAGAUUAAAUAGAAAUGUUAAGCUACUGUUUAAGAAACAAUCAUACGUAUUUUCAAAACUAUAAUGUAUCUGAAUACGACAGAUCGAAGCUAAGAAUAUUCCAAAAUACAUACAUUUGCUACUAUCAAAAUCAAAUCAACUUUUGCAAGAUAAGUAAAAAUCAAUUUAUUGUUAUUGAUUUUCGCAAGCUUUAUUAUUUUUAUAUGAGUUACAUAUGUGUGCAAUGUGUAAUAGUGAUAUGAACGUCUGCCGGAGCACUCUGCGAUAGAGGUUUGCGGGAUGGUUACAAAUAUGGCAAAUGACAAAGAGAAAAUAAUAGUAUGCCACCAUUGUAUACAUAUUGACGAAUUUCGACCAUUACUAUUCGUAACUAUUUAUCCAUAUCACACUGAUCAGUAGAAUCAUCUGUUUCGAUCAAUAUAAUAUAAUGGGACUCCUCAAGGAUCACCUUUAUCUGUGAUCCUCUUCACUAUAGCGUUUGAUGAGUUGAGUAUGAUUUUAUCGAAAUUUA